GAGGACGCACUACUUCCGGAAGAGUGCAAAACAAAGAUGUUUCCAUGAAAGACCUGGAAAAUAAAGAGAAUCUUGUAUUGAUUUUUAUCCCAGAAUAUGAAAUGGCUGUUCACUAACAUUCUUAAAUAUGACCUGAUUGAGACCCGAGAAUGAUCAGAAGUCUGUCGAAAGAUGUUCAGUCACUGUUACGCUCUGGAGUUGCCAUUUUCUCAUUGCAGCAAUGUGUGGAAGAGCUUGUACUGAACAGCAUCGAUGCCGGAGCAACAUGUGUGGCUGUGAAGAUGGACAUAGAGGCCUGCAAACUUCAGGUCAUAGACAACGGCUCAGGCAUGGACCAAGAGAACAUGGAGAAGGUUGGGAUCAGGUAUUGCACAAGCAAAUGCAGCUCUAUUGAGGACCUGGAUAAUCUUUGCUUUUAUGGGUUCAGGGGAGAAGCAAUUGCCAGCAUGGCCUCCAUGGCAACCAUGGUAGAAAUCACCUCUCGAACCAGGACGUCUGUGAAAACCUUUGUUAAAAGGUUUCACGAAGGUAAGCCGGUGAAUGUUAUUGAGGCAGAGACGACUCGCCCUUCGGCCGGGACAACGGUGCAAAUUUUUAACUUCUUUCACAACAUGCCAGUCAGGAGAAAAAGGAUGGACUCUGCACUGGAGGUUGAGCGUGUUCGCCAGAGAGUAGAGGGCAUAUCACUGAUGCAUCCGUCGGUGUCAUUUACUGUAAAAAAAGAUUUUUCAGACACACUGCUGGUACAACUUCCUAAAGCCAGGAAUACUUAUUACAGAUUUGUCCAGAUUCACGGUUUAAAUAGAGCCCAAAAGCUCAGAGAAGUAAAUUAUACGUUCAGACAGUUUCAAAUGACUGGGCAUGUUGGCAGGGAGGGACACUAUAACAAAAACCUGCAGUUCCUCUUCGUGAACGGACGUCUUCUUUUAAAAACACGUCUUCACAAACUACUCAACUGCCUCCUCCGGAGACUGAGUAGUGUCCAAACCAACAAUCCAAAUAUGUCCGCUGUCAUUUCAAGCCCUAAACAAAAAGGCAGUUCUGAUUUACAUGCAGUUUACGUAAUUAAUAUUAAGUGUCCGUAUUCGGAUUAUGACGUAUGCCUGGAGCCAGCGAAGAGUCUUAUAGAGUUCAAAGACUGGGAUGGCGUGCUCUUGUGCAUCGAGGAAGGAAUAAAAGUGUUUCUCACAAAGGAGAACUUAGUAUCUGAGUGUUCUGUGAGUGACAUUCAAAUCUUUAGGAACAAGGAAAGCAGUUCAGAAGGAUAUGUAAAUACUGAGACUACAGGAAGUUUUCCAGUUCCGGAACCAAACACUACGCAAGAUAAAGAAAUGCCUGAACCAGUGCAAUCAAAUACAGAGCCUGAAACAAAUAUAGAUCCAGACAGCGAAAAAGAAGUCAUAAACAAUGAUUCCAUUGAUGCACCUUUGCAUAAAGUGCUUGAAAACAUGAAGGGCACUAUUAGCCGUGACAAUACCGCACCACCUUGUGCUGGCAACAACAAAAUAAUACGUAGUGAAAAUUCCAUUAUUGCUGUCAUUGACCCUAAAGAGGCAUAUGAUAGUUUAAAGAGAUUCACUGAUCCAAAUCGCAGCUGUGCACCGAAGAGAAAGUGGACUUUACCCCAUGCUCAGAGUCAGACCCACUGCUCCGACUGCGGCCCAAAGAUCACAAGGGUCACGCCCCAACGCAAAUUAACACUGUCUUUUGAAACCGGGUCUCUUGACAAGUUCAAGAGGUCGUUUGGAAAGGAGGUUGAAAUAAAACCCCAAACAAUGAAUACACAAAUCCCUGCAGUUUUAUGUCCGUCAGACUCCUGUGUCACUUCUGCUUUGGACCCAAGCAGUAAUUUGGUCUGUUUUGAAAAAGAGCCAGUUGAAGAUAUUGGAGGAGAUUGCACUUUCUCAAAGGACAAUUCUGUCCUUAAUACGAUUCAAUGUUCCUCAGCAAGCAAGAGGAACAGAAUAUCAUUAGCAACAAAGCUCUCUCGCAAGGUAGACCAUGAAGAUACAAAAAUGACUCUUGUCCAUGAGACACUGUCUAACCCUGUAACAAAAGCUACAGACUCUAUAGAGAAGUUCUCCAGUUCUCUUACAGUGAACAAUGAAGGCGCUAUAGCUGAGAACUUCGUAAUGACUAAGCCGCAUGAGGGUGACCGUUCAGAUGAACCCGCAUUUAUUGCUCCCAACAGACAGGAAACGUCAACAAGCUCCUUCACCUCUACCUCCGAAGAUGCUGAGCUCAUCAAAAAUACGACUUCCCCUAAGCAAGAUAACUCCAGAGGUCAAAUAUUUGACCCUGCAUCACAACAUGACCCAUUGCCCUCCGAAAAAGGAAAUGGGGAACAGACCACAAAUGAAAUCCAGGGCCUGGAGAGUGAUGAGACCGAGCCUGUUUCAGGUGACUGGCUAACACAUUACGACGAUUCACUGGGAAAGUUGGUCUACAUCAAUCAAGUGACGGGUCUCAGUAAAUACGAGGAUCCGUCACUGAAGGAGACUCAAGUGCCAUGCUCCAGAAACCUUACCAACAUGGCGAUCAGUGUUGUUUCAAAAACAGGAUUUGAGUACAGAUGCUACCCUUUUCAGACAGACCUUGUAUUGCCCUUUCUCCCCAAACCCAGAGCUGAGAGAGUCCAUAGCACAAGCAUAGAAAAUGGAGGUCCCAGUUCCCUAUCGACUCUUUACACUGAGUGGAAUAACCCUGUAUUUAUACGACCACCUCAGGUUGCAAUGGAUGUGACAAGUGGCCAUGCCGAAGGCCUCGCUGUGAAAAUCCACAACAUUCUCUUUCCCUAUCGCUUCACUAAAGAAAUGAUCCACUCCAUGAAGGUUAUUCAUCAAGUAGACAAGAAAUUUCUUGCCUGCCUCAUUAAAACUACAGUCCAAAAUACCACCGGGUCUAAUGAAAGAAACCUUUUAGUACUAGUCGAUCAACAUGCAGCUCACGAAAGGGUUCGAUUGGAGGGGCUUGUGAUGGAAUCUUAUGAGGACCACCCGGAUACACCAGGUAAUAAGAGGCUGUGCGGAUCGAGUGUAAGUCCUCCCCUGGAGAUCCAGAUGACUGAGGAAGAGAUCAGGUUGCUGAGGUUAUAUCAAAGUCCUCUAAAAGACAUGGCUCUAGAAAUAAGCUUCCCUCCGACCAGGCAAUCGUGUGUGUUUGUGGAGCUACUCCCCACAUGCUUCGUAGAGAAAGAGAACACAGAAAAGCGGCGUGGUAGACGUAGUGUCAUCCAGUCAAUCGCAGAGGAAUAUUUACGAGAGCACAUUGAGGCUCUGCAGUCAACAGGAAGUCUAAAAAGCACUUUACCGUUAACAGUCCACAGUGUCCUUGCUUCACAAGCUUGUCAUGGAGCAAUUAAGUUCAACGAUGAACUGAGUAAAGAGGAGUGCUGCAGUCUGGUGGCAUCUCUCUCAUCCUGCCAGUUACCUUUUCAGUGUGCUCACGGACGACCCUCCAUUCUACCUCUAGCUGAUCUCCUCCACUUAGAGGAUGAACAGAGCCUUCCCAAACCAAAUCUCAGGAAAUUGAGAAGAAUGUACAAGGCAUGGCAACUUUAUGGAAAAAAAUAAUUUUUGGACAAAACAUGAAGUUCAAUCAUUUUAAAUUAAAUUAUUUAUUUUAAUAGAAAUCUGUGUUAUUUUUUCUAUUUUGUCGUGUGCAAGAUAUUUCAUAUUAAAAACAAAACACUACUGGUAUGAUCUCGUAUGAGACGAUUAGAAAGGUUGCAAGAUUGAUAGGUGCAUCGGCCAAUCUCGAACAAACUCACUAUAUCUUUGUCCAAUUAUAUGACUGAGAGAAAGGAAAUUCUCCAAU